ACAGAAAUGAAUAAAAUAUAAAAAAGAGAAGAAGAAGAAGAAUAGGUGUUGAAAAUGGAAGGGGAUGAGAUCAAUUAUAUUUCUCCAAAACCUUUCCAACUUUAAGCUCCGUUUCCCUUCAUUUCCCAGUUCUCUCUUUCAUUUUCACCAACUGUUAAUAAAAUUGAUGGGAGAUUAUUGGAUGAGGAAAAGGCAGUGAAGUGUGGGUGAAUUGUGGGUUGUUUCAUGGGCAAUACAUGCCGUGGAUCUUUCAAAGGGAAAUAUUUUCAGGGCUACAGCCAGCCCCAUCCCGAAGACCUUUCAAGUACCAUUUCCAAGCGCAACACCCCUUCUGACCACUCCAUCUCCGACCACUCCACUACCAGCUUGAAUUCCCAGCAGCCAACUUCCCAAGAGUUAUCCAAAGAAAACCCUAAAAGUAACAACUUACCUGCCAUUAGUCCCACCAAGAAAGAAGCCACGAUGAGGCGAGGAAUUGAUAACCAAGCCUAUUAUGUAUUGGGUCAUAAGACCGCGAACAUUCGUGAUCUUUACAUGUUGGGUCGUAAAUUAGGGCAGGGACAAUUUGGGACUACUUAUUUAUGCACCGAGAUUCCCACGGGGAUUGACUAUGCCUGUAAAUCAAUCUCAAAGAGGAAGUUGAUUUCCAAGGAGGAUGUGGAGGAUGUUAGGAGGGAGAUUCAGAUAAUGCACCAUUUGGCGGGUCACAAGAAUAUUGUGACCAUCAAGGGUGCUUAUGAGGAUCCCUUGUAUGUGCAUAUUGUGAUGGAGCUUUGUAGCGGCGGUGAGUUGUUUGACCGGAUCAUCCAGAGGGGGCAUUACAGUGAGAGAAGGGCUGCUGAAUUGACAAAGAUCAUUGUAGGGGUUGUUGAGGCUUGCCACUCGCUUGGAGUUAUGCAUAGAGAUCUAAAGCCUGAGAACUUCUUGUUGGUUAACAAGGAUGAUGAUUUCUCUCUGAAAGCUAUUGAUUUUGGGCUCUCUGUUUUCUUCAAACCAGGCCAAAUUUUCACUGAUGUGGUUGGAAGCCCAUAUUAUGUUGCUCCAGAGGUACUCCUCAAGCAUUAUGGACCAGAAGCAGAUGUAUGGACAGCAGGGGUCAUACUGUAUAUAUUGCUAAGUGGUGUGCCGCCAUUUUGGGCAGAAACACAGCAGGGAAUAUUUGAUGCGGUGUUGAAGGGACAUAUUGACUUUGAAUCAGACCCAUGGCCCAUCAUAUCUGACAGUGCAAAAGACCUAAUCCGGAAAAUGCUAUGUUCUCAACCUUCAGAACGCUUGACUGCUCAUGAAGUUUUAUGCCAUCCUUGGAUAUGUGAAAAUGGAGUUGCUCCUGAUAGAGCACUAGAUCCAGCUGUACUUUCUCGUCUCAAACAGUUCUCUGCAAUGAAUAAGUUGAAGAAGAUGGCUUUACGAGUAAUUGCUGAAAGCCUUUCUGAGGAGGAGAUUGCUGGUUUGAGAGAAAUGUUUACGGCAAUGGAUACUGAUAAUAGUGGUGCAAUUACAUUUGAUGAACUGAAAGCUGGUUUGCGAAGAUAUGGCUCUACCAUGAAAGAUACAGAAAUACGUGAUCUUAUGGAAGCGGCUGAUGUGGACAACAGUGGGACUAUCGACUAUGGGGAAUUUAUAGCUGCAACAGUUCAUCUUAACAAACUAGAACGUGAGGAGCAUCUUGUUGCAGCAUUUCGAUACUUCGACAAGGAUGGAAGCGGUUAUAUUACAGUUGAUGAGCUCCAGCAAGCUUGUACCGAACAUAAUAUGACUGAUGUCCUUCUUGAAGAUAUAAUCAGAGAAGUUGAUCAAGAUAAUGAUGGAAGGAUCGAUUAUGGUGAAUUUGUUGCUAUGAUGCAAAAAGGCAAUGCUGGAAUUGGAAGACGAACUAUGCGAAAUAGUCUGAAUUUGAGUAUGAGAGAUGGACCUGGUGCUCAUUAGCUCCCAACAAGCACAUUGUGUACAGGUUGUACAGCAAAGCCAGAAGAAAAUUAGUAAUGAAGCUUUGAGAAGCAAUUUUGGCUCCUAACCAGUUCUCAGAGAAGAUCUGGGUGUAGGAGAUUCUGUGCUUGAGCAUUUAUUGAUGAGUGAAGCCUUUAUGAUGCUGUAUGACUACUGAAGAAAAUAUUUUAUUAGCUUUGUAGACUUCAGAGUGUGAAGUGUUACAGCUUUUCAAGUUGCUUAAUUAUUGAUUGCUGUUUUCAUU